ACCUGUGCUGUCAGCUCCUUGAGGGUGGGCAGCUACAGGUCACCACAGGGGUACAGGACCCUUUGGGAGGCUGUUGCCCUGCCCCGUCAGGGGAGUCAGGGGUACCGUACUUCAUCGCUCCAGACCCCAAGAGUCUGCCCUCCAUCCCUGAGAGUAGGAACCUGACAGAGUUGGUGGUUUCAGUGGAUGUCAGUAACCUGCUGCAGCUUUAUGCCAGCAUGCUGUUUGAGAGGCGUAUCCUCCUCUACUCCAGCAAGCUGAGCACACUAACGGCCUGCGUCCACGCCUGCAGCUCUGUGCUCUUCCCCAUGUACUGGCAGCACAUUUUCAUUCCCGUUCUUCCUCCACAUCUACUCGACUAUUGCUGUGCUCCCAUGCCCUACCUGAUUGGAGUCCAUUCAAGUCUCUCUGAGAGGGUGCGAAGCUGUGCCUUGGAAGAUGUGGUGAUCCUGAAUAUAGACACAAACACCAUGGAGUCUCCCUUUGACGACCUGAGGAGGAUUCCCUCAUACGUGGUGUCCGCUUUAAAGGUGAGGUUGAAGAAGCAGUCUGCAGCCACGGGGACGGGGGUGGCCAGGGCCUUCCUGAGGGCGCAGGCCGAGCUCUUUGGGGGUUACAGAGAGGCCCUGACCAGGCCGACGGAGGGUGGACCCAUUGCUUUCUGCAAGAAAUCUUUUCUGAACCAUAAAUCCAAAUCCAUGAGGCACUUCCUGGAGAGUGCAGUCCACCUGCAGUUCUUCAAGCAGUUCAUCGAUGCGCGCCUGGACAUGCUGAACCAUGGGAGGGAGCCAGCGGACUUCUUCGAGGACGAGAUCCUUCAGUGCACUGCCUCUGCAGCAGGUACUAGGCCAUACCAGCAGUGGGUGGGCAACCUCAAGAUAGGAGGCGGGGCUAUCCUCCAUACUGUUAAGUCCAAAGCCAACAUGUGCAAGUCUGCCACGGCUCAAGCCAAGUCCUGUCUGAGGAAUAUCACUGCCAGUAAGGAGGACAGUGAGGCCGCCAUGCUCUACAGGGUGGGGUCCCUUCGCUCUGAACCCCUGGGGUCACAGCUUCACCGCAGGGCCCAGUCUGACUGCCUGCAGAACCGGCUGCCAAUCACACAGCACUUUGGGAAGUCUCGCCCACGUCGCCCAAACCGCAGGAACAUGAGCCCUACAGAGGAGUACAACCAGCUGGAGCCAGGUGGCACCUGGAGCUGCAGCUGGAAUUCUGCCCUGGAGAAUGGUACACCAGAUACUCAGCAGAGCGUGACAGAUGGCGCCCAGCCAGAUGAUUUGGACAGCGAGCUGGUGCCAGACCCAGAGGAGAUGGACCUCCUGGGGGAGAUCUUUGACACCCUUAGCCUAAGGAGCUCCCAUGAUCGAGGUCUGAUCUAUGCCACCCGCAGCCUAGACCUCUUUGGCUCCGACACCACCGACUUCAUCACACGGCACAAGAUGACGACCCCAAGCCAGGAGAGUCUGAGCCCCUCCACUGGCAGGAGCGAGAGUUUGCAGAGCUGGGGGCAGGACGGGGACUUAGAGGAGGGGGAGGAGCAUGAAAUGGAGGAGGGGCAGGAUGGGGACUUAGAGGAGGGGCUGGAUAACAGUCUCGGGAAGAUGGGGAAGGGAGAUGAGCUUGCUGAGGGGACAGAAUGGGAGGCUGCUCCUGCAGGCAGUUUGGGGGUCGCCUGGGAAACAGGCACCAGCACCGAGUGGUGUGAACCCUGCAGGGGGUGUGGGGAGGGACAGGACUCACUCUCAAAGCCAGAGACUUAUCAAACGGAAGGCUGUCCCUUAGCGCAGGAAGUGGAGGCAGAGACCAGCAAAAUCUCUGCAAGGAUGCUGAAGCAGCCAGUCCCUCCAAGUCCACAGGGGGAGCCAGUCUCUUCAAGAGCACAGCAGGAGGAGCCAGUCACUCAUGUUGUACAGGGGGAAGAGCCAGUACCUUCAAGUCCAUGGGGGGAGGAGCCUGUCACUUCAAAUGUACUGGGGGAGGAGCCAGUACCUUCCAUCCCACAGGAAGAAUCAGUCCCUCUAAGCCCACAGGGGGAGGAGCCAGUGUCCCCAAUACCCAGGGUACAGGAGACAGUGGCUCUGUUCCAGGUAAAGGCCAUGAAAAAGCCAGUUGAUAUGUGGAGAAACACCUGUAAUGCUUCUCCCAAUGGGAGGCCGGAGAUGGCAGCCAACCUUGAGGCUGCCGAUGAUAUGGCAGCACCAACCAGGAGUGAGACAGGGACUCUGGGGGAGAGUGAAAGCUUGCCUCUGCUCAAGGUGUCGGAGCUGAAGAAGAGGUUUGAGGCCUAACAUUGUGCCUGUGGCCUGAUCCCAUAACCAAGGCCUGACACCACAACCAAGGCCUGACACCACAACCAAGGCCUGACAUUGUGCCUGUGGCCUGAUCCCAUAACCAAGGCCUGACACCACAACCAAGGCC